ACAUUGUCACUGUUUAUCGAGUCGUCUGCUAGUGUAUGUGCCGGCAACUUUUAAGUUUAAUGAAGCGUGCAGUGGAUUUAUGAGCCUUCCUACCUGUAUUUGAAACAAGUUUCGUCAAUUAUUGCUGUUGCUUGACCUACUAACGUGAGAAAGGUAACGAGUCAGGUCUACCUACAGAAAUGGAGUCGUGGUGGAAAUGCGCUUUGGUUGGCCUUGUGUUUCUGAUUAGACAAGGUUUAUGUUCGUCUUCUGCAUCUGAACUCGCUGCUCUGCAGAAGGAAUACGGGGAAUGGAGACUUCAGCGCUCCCCGGAAUACGCCACCACUAUUGGUAUCUACAAGUAUAACGACCAAGUGGAGAACUAUGCUUAUUCUGGAUUUGAGGAGGAAUAUAACAAAUGUUUUAGUUUACUAAGUCGAUUGAAACAGAACGUCAAUUACAACCAGCUUGAUGCAAAAGAGAAGAUAGAUUAUGAUGUCUUUAACGAUUCACUGUCAACGAUUGUUCAAGGCAAUGAUUGGAAAGAUUACAACGCCCUUAACCCCAUUCACUUUCUGGAGGGUCCACAAAUCGACCCCACGUACCUCCCCAAAACAACGCCUUUUGAUACAGUCGGUGACUAUGAAAACUACAUCAGAAGAUUAGAAUUACAUCCUACUCAGAUUGAUGAUAUGAUAGGGAGAUUCAAUAAAUCUAUAGAGAAAGGCCACACUUAUCAUAGAGUGUCAGUGAGCAGAGUUCCUGGACAAAUUGAAAAGUUACUAACUAGCUACAAUACAACAACCUUUCCAUAUUACAAGCCAUUGCUGGAUCAAUUGUCGGAAUUGCAAACUAUUACCGAUUCUAAAAAAACAGACCUUCGAGAAAGGGCAAAAUCAGCUGUUGAGAAAAUCAUCCAGAAACUAUCAGAAUUAAAGCAGUAUCUUGAAAAUGUUUACUUCAAUCAUCUAAGAGCCGGUUUAGGAGUAAAUAGCUGGGAUAAUGGAGCAGCAUUUUACAGAGCAUGUCUGCGAUGGCAUCUUUCUUUGGAUAUGACACCUGAAGAAGUCCACAACAAAGGUCUUCAAGAAGUAGAAAGAAUAUCAUCGGAAAUGAAAAAAGUUAUGGCAAAACUCAACCAUCAGGGAUCCGUGAAAGAGUUUUUUGAUAACAUCAGAAGUGACCCUUCUUUUUAUUUGCAGACUGGUGAUGAAAUUGUGCAGUGGUACAGUGACGCUAUUAAAAAUGAUAUUGAACCAAAAUUAUCAGCAUAUUUUAAAGAUCUACCAAAUUUGCCUGUUAAUGUGGAACCAAAUCCUAAUGAUGGCGUUUCCGGUCAGUACAUACCAGGUCCGCCAGAUGGCUCUCGACCGGGAGUUUUUCAAGUGAACGUCCAUCGUCCAAACCAAUCCGUAAAAAUUGACUUCAUGGCUUUACUUAUUCAUGAAACACUUCCUGGUCAUCAUUUGCAGGCAGGUAUACAGCUAACUGCAGAGAUUCCGGGCUAUCGUAGAUAUGUCCUCGAUGAUAAAUAUUUUCAGCCAUCAUUUCUUCCUCCAUUUUAUACUGCUUAUAUUGAGGGUUGGGCAUUAUAUGCAGAGUAUUUAGGAGAAGAGAUGAAACUGUACAAGACAGAUUAUGAUUUAAUGGGAAGAUAUGGAUCUGAAAUAUUCCGAGCCUGUCGUUUAGUGGUUGAUACUGGCUUGCAUCACUAUAACUGGACAAGAGAAAAAGCUAUAGAAUAUAUGCUGAACUAUACUGCAUUUAGUGAGGAAAUGAUUGCCAUCGAAAUUGACCGUUAUAUAACAUGGCCGGGUCAAGCGUGUGCAUACAAGAUCGGUGAACUAAAAAUUAAAGAACUGCGUAAAAAGGCUGAGGAUGAAUUGGGUUCAAAAUUUGAUAUCAGAGAAUUCCAUGCUUCUGUUCUUAAAGUCGGAUCUCUUCCGCUACACGUCCUUGAAAAGAUUGUGAACCAAUGGAUUGUAGAAACAAAGAAUAAGGCAGCAGAAUCGUCUCAAACAUGCACUUCUAAUGGUGCAAAUACAAAUACAUAUACCAGCUGGAUAAGUCUUGCCGUCAUCGGGUUGACUUUCAUUUUGCAACUAACCUAAUAAUUGACCAUUUCAAGGAGAGAAAAAAAUGUAAUUUUACCCCUAAUUCAUGCGUUUAGUCGUUUCUUUUAACAUUUUUUAGACUGUUUCUUUUUGUAUUGGUCCAUUAUCAAAAUAAUUUUUUUAACUACUUAUCAGACCUAUCAAUCAAUCCUCUUGUGUUAUGUUAUUUA